ACUCUCUCCCCGUCAGUCUUCCUCUCCCUCUUACCGGAAAACAAAAGCCACACGUCCUUCAUCCACUCAGCAUGUCGUCCACUGAGCCCACCUCCAACCUGGAGAACGCCAUGCAGCUGAUGAUACAGACCUUCCACAAGUACUCGGGCAAGGAGGGCGACCGGUUCACCCUCAGCCGGGGCGAGCUCAAAGAGCUGCUGACCGAGGAGCUGGGGAACUACCUGGGGAAUGCCCAGGAUAAGGAUGCGGUGGACAAAGUUAUGGCCGACCUGGACGCCAACAACGACGGGGAGGUGGACUUCACCGAGUUCAUCAUCCUGGUGGGGGCGCUGACGGUGGCCUGCAACGACUUCUUCGACAAGAAGGCCGAGGAGAAGAAGUAGGGGCGCGGGGUCGGCGGGAGUGUGGGCGGAGCUAAAAGCGUGAGGUGAAGCCGUCUCUACGACACCUUGGUGGAGGAAGAGGACAAUGAUGAAGAAACAACCCCUCCACACACACACACACACAUACACACACACGCACACACACACACACACACAUUCCUCACGACAGCGGGGGUGUGUGCUAUCGCUAAGAAUCAAACGGUGCAGGGCACGCUAUCGCGGAAAAGGACGGAGACGCCAUCACCUCCAGCACUCCACUUCCUCAAACUUCUGCCCUCUCUCAGGGGCGGAGCCAGAGGCCCUGUCCCUGCCUUCCUUACUUCCUAUGAGAAACCCUACGCUUCAGUGUCUGUUGAAAGUCAAACCUCAGCCAUGGGGACCAAAGCAAAUGUAACAUAACACAUUUUGGGUAAUGUCCACAGGAACUUUGUUUUUCGAGAGAUUAAUAUUGAUAUAAAUAUUUGUUAUUUAUUCAAUGUUAAAUGAGUGAAUGGUUUCUUCUUUAUAGCUUUAUAACUUGUUUUCUUUUGUUAUGUACCAAACUGUUUCUCUUUAUUUAAUUAAAUAAACCUAAUAUUUAACCAG